AUGGCGUCGGUUACACUUGAUUUUGAAAAUGAAAACUUUUUAGAGCUGGUUUCUGAAGAUGGUUUGAUAAUACUAGCAAAGGGGCUAGGACUAGAUAGACUUUUUAUGAAGUUUCUUAAAUUGCAUUCAGACCCUCGUAAUCUGGUACUUGUCAUUGGUUCCUCUACGCUAUAUGAAGAUCAUUUUAAGAAUGAUAUUGCUGCUUCUUUGAGUAAUAAUAUACAGCAGAUACCACGAUCAGUUACAAAUGAAAUUCCAGCAAAAGAAAGGGAAGAGCUCUAUUUAAAAGGUGGCGUACUUUUUGUGACAUCAAGAAUAUUAGUAGUUGAUAUGCUAAGAAAAGUAUGUCCUGUUGAUAAAGUUGCUGGUAUAUUAGUGUACAAUUGCCACAGGGUCACCGAUUCUUCCAGUGAGGCGUUUAUACUGAGACUUUAUAGAGAAGGAAAUAAGACUGGUUUUAUUAAAGGUUUUAGUGAUUGUCCAGAGCAUUUCACAACCGGGUUCUGUCAGCUAGAAAGGAUCAUGAGAAACCUUUUUCCUGAUGUUAUUGAGCUGAGGCAGCAGAUGACUCCUUCAAUGACAGCUAUACAACACUCAGUCCUUGAGAUAAUGAAGGCAUGUGUACGGGAACUGAAGGAAACCAACUCACUGUUGGAAAGUGAUGAAAUCACUAUUGACAAUUGUCUCGGAAAAGGUUUCGAACAAAUCAUUAAGAUUCAGUUUGACCCAGUGUGGAACCAACUG